UUAUUUACAUACAAUGAGCAGUAAAUUGGUGAGACAUGUGGGUGGUUGCCAUUGUGGAGCUGUCAGAUUUGAAGUGUUUGCUCCUGAUGUUGUAGAAGUCAGUGAAUGCAACUGCAGUAUAUGUGUGAAGAAGCAAAAUCAUCAUUUCAUCGUUCCAAACUCUAAAUUUAAAAUUCUGCAGGGAGAAGACAACUUGACAUGUUAUACCUUCAAUACCCACGUUGCCAAGCACACAUUCUGUAAGACGUGUGGUGUACAGAGUUUCUAUAGUCCACGAUCUAAUCCUGAUGGAAAAGGUAUAGCCAUACACUGUUUGGAUCCAGGUACAAUGAAGGACGUGACAAGGGCGUCUGUAGAUGGUGCAAACUGGGAGGACUUUAUGGCAAAAAAUCCUUCAUUCAAGGAUAAAUCCAAGGGAUAAUUUUCCCUCACAAUGACUUUCAGUUGACUUUACACUGUGUAUAUAAAUGCACGAAUAAGAAUAAGAAAUAGAGGAGGGCAGAUAUUUAAUUCAAAAUUAUUGUAUGUAACCUUGUUAAGGAUAUAAAGAACGGAGUUUGAAAAUUUCAGUUUCGUAACCAUUGCGUUGGAGCAGACCAACCUGGCUAUGUACUUUACAUCACUCAAGAGAAUAACACAGCAAAAAAAAUUAGACUCUUCUGUAAAAAUAUAUUUUAUUAUUAAAAUUUGUAAUUAAUAAAUAACUACAGUAACCGUAA